AUGAGAAUUUUAAAUUGGGAUGAGCUUCGCCAAGUUGGCGCUAUGCCAGGAACGAGGUUCCGAUUUGGGGAAGUCUAUCACACGAAUCCGUAUUCACAUAAAUACAUCCUUCACAUCGCAGAGUGUCAAAAUGGUUUGGCGUUUAAUUCAACAAAGCCUCCGCUUUCUUCAUCGCCUAACUCUUCGCAUUCAGAGACGCAGUCAACUUCAUUGCCUGAUUUAGCAGUGAUUGAUUCAGCAGUAUCUGACUUAAGUGACGCUUUGGGUUCUGAUGGAUCCUACCGUUUUCCAGGAUUCUACUCCUCAAAUUUGCAAUGGGACGGAUUGGAAUGGGCUGUUUUGGGCGGCUAUGCAUUGGGUAGUGUGCGCGGUAUUCUGCCAGAAUUGCGGAAUUGUAAUACGAGGCAGUUGCCUCUUAAAACGUUUAUGACGCGUUUGAUGAAUUCCUCAAUGAAACACGGCAGUGGUUUUGCUCCUCCUGCUGGUUCUAUCGUAUUCAUAUUCUCUCUUGCUGAUAUGAUUUUUGGAAAAUUACGUGCGAAAGAUGACCUUAAUGCUGUUGCUGCUGGUGCAGUUACUGGAGGGCUGUUUCGAUGUGCACGUGGUUUACACGCUUCAAUGGUUGGAGCGGGUAUUGGGGUAUUUGCUGCUUUUAUUUGGUUGCUGAGUGAUCAAGAUAGCCGAAAUAGAUUAUGGGAAAUGCGAAAGCACUUGACCGGCAAACAAGAUUAUAGUUAUUGA